UUGAGUGUAUUAGUUUUGUUAAAUUUGUAAGAACUAUCAGGCGGGAACACCACAUUAAAACCAUAGAUUGAAACACGCUGGUGACGGACGGAUUUGGCUGCCGGACCGGAAAUGGGACCCGGCGCUGGAAACCAAACAGAUCGGCGUGUCACUGCAUCCGGUACCGAGCCUGCUGAAGAUUCUAGUUUCCCUUCUUGUUCUGAUGACCAAAGGCCCUCAUGGCGCUUAUUCAUGAACCUCGUGCCCCCUCUCCUUCUCUCUCCGGCUUCAACUCACCUCUGUCCGAUCCACCAUCCUUUCGCCGCCUCGAUGCCGAAACGCCCUGCACCCCCUGCACCCCCGAAAUGGACCUGACCCCGACCCAGUGCGUCCUUCGCAACGUCCUCUCCAUAGACACGGGAGGUGCUGUGGAGCCCGGGGGCGGAGGAGGAGAGGGGCAGACCGCUGGGCACAACCAGACGCCGGGCGAGGAACAACAGGAGCACUUUGCCAACAGUGUCCUGAAGCUCCACGAGCACGAUGGGACCCAAGGAAGGACGGAGGGAGAGGGGCAGGAGAUGGACAGCAGUGCGGUGAGGAGCCAGGCGGACGACGCCAGGCUACAGUGCCAUUCUACCGGAGGGGGAGGAGGGUUUCUGGAGGGCUUGUUUGGGUGUCUGCGGCCUGUCUGGACUAUGAUUGGCAAAGCCUACUCCACAGAGCACAAACACGGCCUUGAUGAAGCAUGGGAGAUCCCAUUCGAGGAGAUAUCUGACCUGCAGUGGGUGGGCAGCGGAGCCCAGGGCGCCGUCUUCCUGGGCAAACUGUACGGACAGGAAGUGGCCGUAAAAAAAGUGCGGAACAUCAAAGAGACAGACAUCAAGCACCUGCGCAAGCUCAAACACCCCAACAUCAUCACUUUCAAAGGUAUUUGUACCCAGGCGCCAUGCUACUGCAUCAUCAUGGAGUACUGUGCCCAGGGACAGCUGUACGAGGUGCUGAGAGCAGGCAGGAAGAUCCAUCCGUCCCUGCUCAUGGACUGGGCCAUGGGCAUCGCUGGAGGCAUGAACUAUCUCCACCUCCACAAGAUCAUCCACAGAGACCUCAAGUCACCAAACAUCCUGAUCACUUACGAUGACGCAGUGAAGAUUUCUGAUUUCGGCACGUCCAAGGAGCUCAGCGACAAGAGCACCAAGAUGUCCUUUGCCGGUACGGUGGCCUGGAUGGCUCCUGAGGUCAUACGUAACGAACCGGUCUCAGAGAAAGUGGAUAUUUGGUCAUUCGGCGUCGUGCUGUGGGAGAUGCUGACAGGAGAGGUGCCCUAUAAGGACGUGGACUCCUCCGCUAUCAUCUGGGGAGUAGGAAACAACAGUCUGCAGCUGCCUGUACCUGAUAGCUGUCCAGACAGCUUCAAACUGCUCCUGAGGCAGUGUUGGAACUGCAAGACGAGAAACAGGCCGUCCUUCCGACAGAUUCUCCUGCAUCUGGACAUCGCCUCAGCAGAUAUCCUGUCCACUCCACAAGAAACCUACUUUCAGUCUCAGGCGGAGUGGAGAGACGAGGUGAGACACCACUUUGAGAAAAUCAAGUCUGAGGGGACGUGUCUUCACAGGCUGGACGAGGAGCUGAUCAAACGACGCAGAGAAGAACUCAGACAUGCACUUGACAUCCGGGAGCACUACGAGAGGAAACUGGAGAGAGCCAACAAUCUCUACAUGGAGCUCAACGCCAUCAUGCUGCAGCUGGAGAUCAAAGAGAAAGAACUGCACAAGAGGGAGCAGUCACUGGACAAGAAGUACCCCGGCUGCUUCAAGCACCACAGCUCCAGACAGUCGGCCUCCUCCAACUCCAUGGAGAAACUCAUGAAGAAACGCAAUGUACCUCAGAAACUGCCUUCACACAGCAAGAGGCCAGACUUACUGAAGUCAGAGGUCAUCCUCCCCAAACUGGACUCUUCCAUGACCCAGGUCACAAUCCCCAACAAGGGCUCUACCUCCCCUGGCCGCUCACGGCGAGGAAAACCCCGCUACAGGAAGGCUGGUAAAGGCAGCAGUGGGGACCUGGCUCAGCUGAAAGCCACUCUCUCCUCUUCACUAGCCAUGGUGAACGCCACCUCAUCCGUCCCCAGCAGCAAGCAGCAUCUGGACCCCAGUGCGGCCCUCAGGGGCCUGCAGCACGACCUGCUGCUCAAAAAGAUGUACUCCUCCAGCCCGGAUCUCAUUUCAACCACGUUGGAGGCAGAAGGCCGGAGGAAGGGGCAGGUCAGGCCGGGGCUGGACCGAGCGGGCAGCCAGAGCGCCUCAGCUGGGCUGGGGGAGAGCAGGACUGGCGGGCCCGAGGAGGGGCCCGAUGCGGGCGUAGGGGCCGACGACCAGCCAGAAACACCUCCACGCAGUGACACGCCCAGUGAGGAUGCAGCUUCUAUCCCGUUCUCCAGCAGCCCAGACUCACCGUGCGGCAGGGGAGCAGCUGCAGGGAGGGCGUCCGUGCUCGGGAACCCCCGCGUUCCCCACGAUGGGGAGGAGAAGGAGGAGGGGCCGGUCAUCACACGCUCACCCAGAAGUCAGCGCCUCACCCCUGCAGCGCUGCUGUACAGGGCAGCUGUCACACGCAGUCAGAGACGUGGAGUAUCAUCAGAGGAAGAAGAAGGAGAAGUGGACAGUGAAGUGGAGCUGCCAAGGAGACGGCGUCCCGUCAGCAUGAGCAAGUGCCAGUCCCUGUCCACCUUCAGCUCAGAGAACUUGUCAGUGUCGGACGGCGAGGAGGGAAACACCACCGACCACUCCCACAGCGGCACGCCGGACGUGGUCAGCACCAACACCGACGAGCGCCUGGACGACAAGAGCGACGACCUGCUGUCUCAAGGCUCGGAGAUCCCCGCCGACCCGUCCGACCCGACCCAGUUGGGCUCUGACGGGCUGUCUGAGAAGGAAGCUAUUCUUCGACAAGUCAAGACUCAGCUCGCUAGUAACGAUCAUAAUUACGAGGGCCUGUAUGAUGACUCGGACUGUGACAGUGCAGAGCUGGACCACUCAGGCAGUGCAGAACCCAGCCAACCUCCAGCCAACUGGUGAAAAUCUGACACCUCAACCCACACAAACUCAUGCAGAUCUGGCCUUUUAUGGCUCUUUUAUUCUCUCAAAAACCUAACAUCCCGGAGAGAAAAAAAAACCCAAAACAACAGAAAAUCUCAGAAAUGUGUCACAAUAAUGUGAAACUGAAUUGGGGCACAAGCCGAGCUGACGGAGAAGCAGCCGCCAUAACAGUAACCGGCCCGAGAUCAGCUUUGCAAAAACACCUCAACAACAGAGGCGUCAGUCCAAGAAGCCAUCCACACGUUCACGUCUCUUUUCAUCUUCCAUGUCGAUUUGUAUUUUUAUCUGGAAAUGUGUCAUGUUAUUUCACAUCAUGUCAUAUGAGAACAUAACUAUAAGAUCCUAUCAGGGUGUCAUUAUAUUUAAUGUUUCUAUUGUCAGCAUCAGUCACUGAUGUUGCUGUUUGCACUUAAUUUAUGAAAUCAUCGUGUCAUAUCACAUUUCCUCUCAAAACGUUAUGCACUGACUAAUUUAUUAUUGUUUUACAGUGAAUUCAUUGACAUUUAGAAAGAAAACAAUGUUUACAUUUUUCAUUUGUUUACAUUUUUUUAUUUAUAUCAGUGUCAUGGAUUAUGUUUCCAUUUUCUACUCCUGUGUUUUAAUAUCUAUGUAAAUAUGUGACGUUGUAAAAUGAACAAAUUUUUAAAAAUGUGAGAUUGUAUAAUUUAAAGGUGCUGAUGUUUCUAAUUAGGUGGCGCUACUCUAUUGGAAAAACCUCAAAAAGCUUAUGGUAGUAGAAUGUACUGUAGCUGCUGUUCGUGUCCGAGCAUCAAAACCCAGAGAAAAGAGGAACAAAGAAAAAGCAAUAUGUCUGCUCUGGUACAGUACGUCCUGUGAUGUCACAGGUCAAAAGAACCACAGCUGAGCUCAUUCAGGGCAGAUGGACGUUUUUAUUCUAUUAGUAUUGCAGUGUUUACUGUAUUAAAACACAAUACCAGUUUGUAGGGGUGUCACGAUUGCAAUUUUAUUUAAUGAAAUCAAAAGCAGAAUUAGUCAAAUCAAAAAUGUAGCUUUAUUAGUGUGGUACAUUCCAGAAACAAGUGGCAUCCAUAUCACACUUGAUACCAUGAAGCCUAUAUUUUUUAAAAGAAUUAGAAAAUUCAGGGCAUAAAACCAGUGAUUUAUCGAGCUUUAUGAAUCAAGAGUUAAUAUGGGCUUAGCCUUCAGGGCUGUAAAAAUGUUUAAAUGAAAUUGAAUCAUGACCAUAAAAGUCUAAUCAAAUCAUGGAUUUGUUGAAUCGUGACACUCUUACCAGUUUGAAAAUCCCCUUCUGAACAUCUCGGGGUGUAAAUAGCAUCAGAAAAGCAUGCUUGUGAUAAAGUACAGAUGGCCGAUUGGUCACUGCUUGUGACUCAGAUCAAAAUUAAAUGUUCCAUCCUCCAUCCAUAGGGGAAGAAAAAUGCAACAGAAGAAAAGACUGCAGACUUAUUGACUGAAGGCAUAUAAAUGACAGGGACACAAAGCAUUGAAAUACAAUACAUCUCAGAAUAACUGCAAAAUAUGACGUUAAUUUCAUGGUUUCCUGCUUUCACUCCGUUCUGGCCACACUGUUGGCAGUGAACCAGCACAGAAGAGAGAUUAUGAUCAGACUUUUGGUUAUUAUAGGGAACCAUAACAGUGUGGCUCAUAUAGUCAAACAUCUUGAUUCUAGUAUUGUUUGUUAGUAAAUUGCAAAACACUCACAGGCUUAUUAUGUGUGUCAGUAAUAACCUUUACUGAAUAAUGCUUUUUGGACCUUUAUUUAGCAGUUUCUCUGUCUACUCAAAUUAGGCCUGUGAUGUCAUGAUUUGGCCACUUUUAUUAACUGCCUCGCAGCAUAGCAGAUUAGAUAGAUGAACCAUAAUAUGGGAUUGUAAAGAUUCACUGUUUACAGAAAGGUCACGUUGACAUUGUCCUCACCAGCUGAAAUUUUGACCAUAACAUGGUAAUUUUUCACAAAUGUGUAAGGGCUCCUUCAUAACAGACAGUAUGAUGUGUUUGUGUCCCUUGAUAAGCCUUCCUGUGUGCAUCUGGUUUAAUCUGUACAGCAGCACAUUGCAUCCUGUUCCACUCAAUGACUGAUCAGGUCCCACUCAAUAAGCUACAAAUGGCAGCUUCGUAUUUAUUUUUCUGGUAUUAAACAAUUUCUAGAGCAUUUUAAAUGGAUUGUUCCCCCACGAUUUAAAGCUAGAAAUCCUCCUGCAGGAUAAAA